AUGUCAAGUCGAGUACGAAUUAGUUACCUCUAUCACACAAGCGCUUCUUCUAUGUCUCUGCGAUGCUGCCGGCUUUAUCGACACAGAAGUUACUCUACUACAACUAAACCAGCGGCAGUGCCUGAGGAACCAACGAUUAAUCCAGUGGGGAUACAGUAUUUGAGUCGAAACCUGCAUAAGCAACUGUUUACUGGUAAAGUUCUAAGCCAUAAUGAGGAUCCUAUAACACCUGAAGAAAGAGUAGGAUUGAUAGAUUUAUCAAGGCGUUUCCUCAAGACUUAUCAUCUUCUAGGUAAAAAGACUUCUAUUUCUGAACCCUUAUCUAUGGAACUACCGAAGCUACAAGGAGAUUCUCUUGAUGAACAUUUCCAAAGACUGGGUCAUUUUGCAUCGGAACCGUAUAAAUCUAUGUGUCAAGCCAAGUUCACUAAAAUUGUUGGACGUCCGAAAAAAUGGAUUAGAAAACAAGGUUGGAUGAGGUAUGAGCCUGGGAAAGAACCUGAGCCAGUACCAUGGCCUCUAGAGGAUACUUUAGUUUUUGAUGUGGAAACUUUGUACAAAAUUUCACAAUAUCCGACUCUGGCAGUAGCGCUUUCGGAUAAAGCAUGGUAUCUGUGGUGUUCACCUUUCAUAUGUGGAUCAGAUUCAUUUGAGCACCUUAUUCCGCUGAAUACACAGGAAAGAACAGGUUUAGUCAUCGGACAUAACGUCGGGUAUGAUAGAGCUCGUGUUUUAGAGGAAUAUAAUCUUAAACCAUCCAAAACUUUCUUUCUUGAUACCCAAUCGUUGCAUGUGGCAUCUUCAGGUCUUUGUUCAAGGCAAAGGCCGAAGUUCUUAAAGACACACAAUGUUAAGAGACGAUCGGCGGCAGAGGAUGAAGAUGAAAUAGAGGCUGACCAACUAUCUUCAGCACUGGCAAAUACUGAUGGAAUGGAUCCAGAAUUGGAAGAGGAUCCAUGGCUGAGAGUAUCUGCCAUGAACUCUUUAAAAGACGUGGCAUUACUACAUUGUGGUAUUCGCAUUGAUAAGGAUCCUAGAGAUCGAUUCGCUACUACGGAUAAGAAUGAAGUGAUUCAAGAUUUUCAAAAUUUGGUAGAGUACUGUGCUACCGAUGUGGACACGACAAGUCAGGUCUUCGAUAAAGUUUGGCCGCUUUUCCUCCAAAAAUGUCCACAUCCAGUUUCGUUUGGUGCAUUACGCUCCCUGAGCAGCUGCAUUCUACCUACACAAUAUAACGAAUGGACAGAUUAUUUGAAUCGCUCAGAAAGAAUCUACCUUAAAUCAAAGCAAAGUAUAGAAGACAAGAUUACCGAGAUUGUCGAAGAUACUGUGAAACUAAGAGAUGAAAUGAGCGCUGAGGAAAUCCAUAAGGACCCUUGGCUUAGACAAUUGGAUUGGACUACAAAACCACUAAAGCUAACUAAAAAAGGUGUACCUGUUAAAAACCAAAAGCUUCCGGGCUAUCCAGAAUGGUAUAGAUCUCUUUUUCCGAACAAGACUGAAACUCGCCCACAAGUUACUAUCAAGUCAAGGAACAUCCCCAUCUUCUUCAAACUUUCUUGGGAAGGUUAUCCUACGAUUUGGACUAGCUGUGGUUGGUGUUUUGCGACGCCUGCAGAUUUGAUGGACAAAUUCAAAGCUAAAAAUUACAGAGUGGCUGAUGAAGAUAUUAUUGAAACGUAUCGUUCGGAGACCAAUGGAAUGUGCCCAGGAGCGGCUGAUAACCAGGUAUUGUUCAGAAUUCCGCAUCCCAAUGGCCCACAAUCUGCGUGUACCACUCUCUUGAGUAAACCUUAUAUCCACUAUUUCGAAAAAGGUAUUUUGACAUCGGGUUCUGAUUUUGCUCGGGAAGCUUUGCACAUGAAUUCUUCCGGUUCAUAUUGGAUGGCGGCUCGUGAGAGAAUCAUGAACCAAUUCAAUGUUCCUAGUUCCAGGUUUCCCAAUCAAUUCAAUCGCUUGGACGGGUCCCCGCAAACUUCCAAUAGAGACGAUCUAGGGAUUAUAUUGCCCGGUAUUGUGCCUAUGGGAACUGUCACUAGAAGAGCAGUCGAAAAUACGUGGUUGACCGCUUCAAAUGCUAAGGAAAAUAGAAUUGGUUCAGAGCUUAAGACUCAAGUUAAAGCUCCUAAAGGUUAUAGUUUUGUCGGUGCAGAUGUCGAUAGUGAAGAGUUGUGGAUUGCCUCGUUAGUUAGUGAUUCGGUCUUCAAUAUUCACGGUGGUACAGCAAUUGGAUGGAUGUGCUUAGAGGGGACUAAAAAUGAAGGAACUGACCUUCAUACAAAGACGGCACAAAUUUUGGGUUGUAAUAGAAAUGAAGCCAAAAUAUUCAACUACGGAAGAAUUUAUGGCGCUGGUGUGAAAUUUGCUACUCAGCUUUUGAAGAAAUUCAACCCUUCUUUACCCGACGAAGAAGCGCAAGGAAUUGCCAAUCAAUUGUAUGAAAACACAAAAGGUAAAAUUCAAAGGUCUAAAAUUUUUAAGAAGUUUUGGUUUGGAGGUUCCGAAUCUAUUCUUUUCAAUAAAUUAGAGAGUAUUGCUGAGCAGGAUGAACCUAGAACGCCUGUUUUGGGCUGUGGGAUUACUUUCUCAUUGAUGAAGAGGAAUUUGAGAACUAAUACAUUUUUACCUUCAAGAAUCAAUUGGACUAUUCAGUCUUCAGGUGUAGACUACUUGCAUCUUCUUUGCUGUUCGAUGAAUUAUUUGAUUGCAACUUACCACAUCAAAGCACGAUUAUGCAUCUCGAUCCAUGAUGAAAUUAGAUUUCUCGUCGCAGAUGAAGACAAGUACAGGGCCUCUAUGGCUCUGCAGGUGAGUAACAUUUGGACAAGAGCUAUAUUUUGUGAACAAUUAGGAAUUAAUGACUUACCUCAAAAUUGUGCCUUUUUUUCAGCAGUAGAUAUCGAUAAACUGUUGAGAAAAGAAGUUGAUAUGGAUUGCAUCACUCCUUCAAAUCCUAAUCCCAUUCCACACGGAGAAUCGAUCGACAUGAAGACUUUGUUGGAGAAACCUGGUGCCAUGUUAACUAAUCCUGAUCCUGCAGUGAACGUUUCUCAUUUUCCUGCUUCCUAUAGAGAACCUGUCUUUUCUAAGUAUAAUAAGGCACACAACAAGCAGUACCGAAAAUACCUUCUGAAGAUGCAAUUACAAAAUGCCAAAUGGAAAGUGGAUGAUCUGGAAAAGGCAUAUUUACAAGAGACUCAAGAGUUUGUACUUAAACGGAAGACUGAUACUACUUAUUCUUUGUUAGACUAUUUGAAGGAUAUUAGACAAGACAAGAAUAAGAAAAAAAGCAUUAUGGAUACUACGAUGUUCGGUACAGAAGACGAAAUGUUUACUUUGGAACAACAAGUUGCCGCAGCCUUUGAAGAAUCUCAAGCUGUUAGGGGUCGUCAACAGAAGAAUUCGAAAACAUCCAAUAAACGCAAGGCACUUUACCGCGGUAAUAAGGCUUUCGAAGCUUUUUAUAGUAGUGUGGAUAAACCUCCUGAGCAAGUACACUCUCUAAGUCAAUCUUUGGAAGUUCCGGUAGAUGAUGUGGUUCAAGAUUUGAUAAGCAAUACAUCUAGAACUCCUAAGCGUGCGAGAAAGUCUGUCAAGAGAACAACAUCUACGAAGAGAACAAGCCCUAACAAGGAAAAGAAGACUAAUGGCGAACAUGAGAAAACUUCCAUCAAUAUUAACGAUAGAAGUGAACGGUUUACACAACAUAAAUUGCAUUGA